AUGACAGAAGAAGGAGCUGGGAAAGAGCAGCAGUUCACCGCCGCUGAAGCUCUAAGGUUGGUAUCUGGUUAUUUCGACACCGAAUGGCCAGCAACCGACCUGGAGGAUGUGGAGUUGCAAAAAGUUACGGGCGGGUUUGUCAAUCGCUUGCACAUACUCAAGCGUACCAAUGCGAAUUCUACCAAUCGAGAGCCGUCCUCUGUACUCAUUCGACACUUCGGUCGUGGAGAGAAGAAAUCUCAUGAAGAGCCUCUUGCCAGCAAUACCACUCUGUCCGCAACGGAUCAGGCUGUCAUAUAUUACGAAAUGGGGCGGAGGGGAUGGGGGCCCUUGCUCUAUGGUGCAUUCCCUGGAGGAAGACUAGAGGAAUACCUCGACGCACAUCCGCUCACCGCUGCUGAAUCCUGCGAACCAUCGAUCAGAAGAGAUCUAGCGAGGAGUUAUGCGAGGCUCCACUCUCUACAACUUCCGUUCAAGAGGAGGAAUUUUGGCCUGGUGGUGGAUGACUUGAAGGCGGCUAUACUGAAACGAAGAGACUCAAGCGUCCGAAAGUUGAGAGCAUCUGCAGACCCCGAAUCGUUGGAGCUGGCCUCUCAACUGGAAAACAAUGCUUGGGAUCAAGAACUGGAAUGGGCUUCGAAUCUCUUCGAAAGACAUCAGUGCAAAGCUACACUCGCAGUGGGAGACGCCAACUAUCUCAAUGUCAUGGUGAAGAACUACGAAAGCGAAUGCCGAACAGUUCUGAUUGACUACGAGACGUGCACAUACAGCUAUCGCGGGAUCGACAUAGGAGGCCACUUCAAUGAACGUAUGUACUGCUGGAGUAACCCAGAGACCAACAUGACGGGUUACGAUGCUCCUGCAAGGGACGAACAACGACUCUUCUGCCAGUCUUAUCUCGAGGAGAUGCGAGCCCUGGGACAGAGCAUCGACUCGAUGGAUACGGAGGAGCAUUUGUUGCUGGAAGCCAGAAUCGGACAGAUGUGGCAGCUUUUGUUCUCAGUCAUGAUGGGUUUCGUCGCUGAUGAUCUCCCCAAUGACCCUGUGCUGCAUGCUGGGCUGGCGCACAUGCUGAACUAUUACUGUCGAUUGAAGCAAGAGUGGCUUGCAUGA